AUACGUUCAUUGCUCCCCUACUACAACUAACUAUAUAAGGGAGUCAUAAUGAACGGAUUAGGCAUCUUUUUUGUAUUUCAAUUGUUCUUAUUGUUCGUUGUUCCACUCCUCAAACUAGAUCUACCAUGCGUAUUGAUUGGAGUGCCUUUAUUUUGGUUACUUGUUGCACCAGAAAAGAAUCUGCCUCUAUUGCUCGAACGGUUUGCAGUGUUUAUCUUGUUACUUGGUAAGCAAUAACGUCUACUCUAUUUCAGUAGUUUUACUUUUUCUUAGCUAGCAGAUUCUGAAAACUUCUCUUCCAAACUUCUCUGUAAAUUGUGAAUUUGAUUUGAGAUGAAUGAUACGCAGGAUAGAGAAGAGAUCAACAUGAAUGAUUCCACAAUAAUUAGUAAGAUGUGUU